GUUGAUUUCAGAAAUAGACAUUUGCAAGUUGCAAGACAUUUUAGUAUACUGAUGAUACCCCCACGUAAAGUUCUGAACUAAAAUAUCUUUGUGGUAGAAUCACUAAAACUGUACCAAUGGUUAUUCAUCAAUAACUAAUAAGUUUAGUCCAGUUGAAGUUGAGAAUAUUUUAGCAUGUUUAUCGAGAACCCUGACGCUUUCAAAUCAUGGCUAACUACUAUCUUGGAACCGUUGUGCGACGCGGAUCCAGCGGCUUUGGCAAAGUACGUUUAUGCUUUAAUCAAGAAGGACAAGCCCAUUCAAGAACUUCGAGAAAGUAUGACGAAUCAAUUGGAGGUGUUUCUUCAAAAAGAAACAGACCCAUUUGUCGAGACUUUAUUCAAUGAACUGGCAAAUCUACAGCCCCCCAAGCUGCCGAUUUUAGAGACUAAAAUUAAAGUUGAAAGAAUAUCUCCUGAACCGGGUGCCGAAAGUCCGGCUUGCCCCCCGGCUGAACCAAUAGACUAUGUUCCUGCAUUUGAGCCUGCCGUUGAGCCUGAUGGUCAGGAGAGAGAGCUUCGAGAGCUGCGUGAUAAACAAAGAGACAUAGAACAGAGAAACGCUUUAUCGGGACAGGCUGUGCCACCAAAUGUAGUUGUGGCAGUGUUGCCGAGCUUGCCGAGCUCGGUGACCUACGUGCCUUCUGCGCUGCCACCACAUAAACAUGACGCCGAACGAAGAAUUCCACGCGAUCGUAACAAAUCAGAAUCGGUAAGAUUUGUUUCCAGAAGACGUUGGUCCAAGUCACCAGCGAGGAAAAUGCGCUCUCGCUCUCGCUCAAGAACUCCAAGAUCUCGUUCUCGCUCUCGCAGCCGAUCACGUUCCCGCUCUCGGUCGCUUCCCGGCAAGCGGUUGGCUCCACGCUACAGAAAUCGUUCUCCGCCUAGUCCACGCUCGCGAUCUCGAUCUAGAGACGGUCGUCAUGACAGAGAGAAUCUGUCUGAAACGGGCUCUCCAACUCAAGAUAGCAAGCGUGCUAGUCCUGAUGGCGACUUGCAGGGUUCGAUCUUUGAGCGUAGAGCUCCACAACUUCAAAGCGCGGUUGACGCUUCCAAAGCAAACUUUUCCACCAAACAGAGAUGCAGGGACUUCGAUGAGAAAGGCUACUGUAUGAGAGGUGAGCUCUGCCGUUUUGAUCAUGGAACGGAUCCUGUUGUGGUGGAUGAUGUGCAGUUGCCGCAUAUGCUCUCCAAGUACCAGAGUACGCCGAUCACCUCCACUAAGACUGGACAUCGAGAGGAGUCCGAUCACCGUAUGGCUACUCACAGGAACGCUCAAGGCAACAAUCCACCCGAGUAUAAUCCAGAUGCGCCAAGCAUAGAACAGAAAGGAUGGGCAAGACCGCCAUUCCGAGGUGUAGCUAAUAAUAGAGGAAUGAUGCGUUCUGGAGUUACUAGAAACUCGUACCAUGCUAACGCGGGUGCUGGUGCUAUCCCUGGCCCCGCACCGCCACAUGGCGAUUUCCCGCAGGUUACUCGGGAGCUUGUGACAGUGCCGGUCACUGUGAUCGGGAAUAAACCCACUUAUCAUCCUCAGCCGUUGAUCGUCAAUUAUGUGGAAACAAAUCCGAAUUAUAAGAGGCGAGGUACCUAUGACUACCGUGGAGGCAUGGGGGGCAUGCGCAGAGGCUACGGAGGUCCUCAGCCCUCCAACUACGACAACUGCUCAUUGGAGAUCAACAAGAUUCCCCACACUCUCAACAACAUCACUCAUCUCAACAAUCAUUUCGCCAGAUACGGAAAAAUUGUCAACAUACAGGUUUGCUACGAAGGGGACCCUGAAGCUGCAAUCAUCACAUUUCAGAAUCAUGCUGCGGCCUACUCCGCAUACAGAUCGGCAGAAGCUGUUCUCAACAAUCGUUUUAUUAAAGUCUUCUGGCAUAACCCUGAUGGGAAACAAGAGAACGUUCCUCCUAAGAGACCUUCGGUGAAAGAGAGACUAGGGGCUGCUGUCAAUCCAUCUCCUGCCAAAGUUCUCAAUACUCUGCAACCAGAGUCUGUACAGCACAAUGAACAAACUGAAGGAAACCCGUCCUCUAUUCGGAAAUCCACAAUGAAGGAAAGACUCGGAGCCAUGAGCAUUUCUUCAUCCACUCCCAAACCCUCCCAACCGGUGGAAACUUCUAAACAUCAGACAACUGCCCCCGGUGCGGAUAGCAUCCAUCAGGUUCUGUAUUCUGGGUCGAACCUAACCAAAACCAUGUACAUGAAUCAUACCAAUGCCAAUGCAAAUGCAAAUACCAACACAAACACAUGGAAAGCUGCAAAUCUGCAAGUAACAGCUGUGGUGAAUCCUGAGAAGAAACCGGCUGCUAUGCAGAAUUCAGCUGAAAUGAUGCAGACAUUGAAGAAAUCGCAAGAAAUGCACGCAGUCAAAGAAUCGAUAAAGAAAAAGCAAGAGGAAAUCCGCAAAGAAGCUCUGCGGUUGAAUUUGGACUUCAGGAAACGAAAACAGGAUUUGUUGAGUAAACAGAUCGCGAAUCAAAAGUUACUGGUUGAAAGAUUGCAGAAAGGUGGCGUUUCUGGUGAACAAAGAGACACACUCAUUUCUACAAUAAAGACCUUACAGGAUAAUAUUGAAAAAACAAGGCAAGAAAUAGCAGCUGAUGUCGAUAAAAUGACUGAAUCAAAACCUAAGGUUACCCUUGAUACGCUGAAAAAGACUAAAGAAGAGGCUCAAAGAAAGAUAUUAGAUGCAGAGCUUGAUAUUUUCAACCAGCAGCAGGAAGGUAAAGACACAACAAAGUUGCAAAAAAUGGUUCUCGAGUUGAAAAUGCAAGUCAAAACUUUGGGAAUGAUAAGCGAGCAACCAGCUGCAGUUCCGCCUCCCGUUACUCCGUUCCCUACUAGAGGAACAAUCUACAGGGGAGGAAGACGUGGUUUUGUGCACUCGACUGUUGAUCAUCGCACAACAAAGCUGCUUGUCUCUGGUUUUGAAGCCGAUGAUAAAGAUGAAGUAAUGGUGCAUUUUUCGAAAUAUGGAGAAUUGCUUGAUUGCAUUUUCGAUGAAACAACUCCUUCUCUCAUUUUUAAUUACAAACAGAGAAAGGAUGCUGAAAAUGUUAUAAAAAAAGGCAGGAACUUUGGAGACAGGCUUCUCUCUGUCACGUGGUACAAUGCACAACAGGAUGCUAUGAACAGGCGAAAUAGCCACAGAUCCGUUAUGUUGAUGAGAGAUCCUCAGGUGGACUCUAAUGAUGAUGAUGAUGAUGAGGAUGAGCUUCUUGGAGAAGUUGAUGAUGAACAAGAAGAGGAGAUCGAGCAAGAAGGAGAACUUCUCCUCCACGACGAAGAAGAAGAGGAGGAUGAGGAUCGUUCUUGGCGACGAUAAGAGGACAUUCGUUUUUCCACAUUCGACUACUUACUGUGAUCUAAAUUGAAGAUCUAUUUUCCUGCUCCUUCUACCCAAUGGAGGAAUACUAGAAUACAUUCUAGAACAGUUUUAGUUAUUUUGAUACAAUGAAUUUGAAACUUGAACAAUAGAAUAUGUUAUUUGAUGUCAAUAUGAAACUAAGACAAUACUAUCUUUUUCAAAUGUAUCCUUAAAUUUCAUUCGCAUUUUUCAAACUUUGAUUAACAGAGUUAUGCUUGUUUUCUCUGUAUUAUAUGAAGUAAAAAUAAGCUAAUGGUGGUCUAUUAUAUUAUGUAUUCUAUUUAUAAAAAUCAUUAGACGUGUAAGUCUCAGAAAACUUGGUCCUAAAAUUGUAACAUUUGUUAUGUUAAAGACUAUCGUAUUAGAAAAAGUUGUUCUAAAUAGUAAUCAGUUAAAUCUUGAUAUUAUGUUGUGAUCAAAGUUACCUUUGAUGGAAUUCUCAGUUCUAUUUUUUUGCGAUCACCAAGUCCGUGCUCAAAAAUUAAAUGCAUAGUAGGUUUUAAUUUGUGUCACUUGGUGUGCCUUGAAAACAAGUGAACUGAAAAAUAAAUAGUAUUCUCUCUAUUCUCAUCGAUAUAAUCGCCCAUUUGCAGUCAGAAAUGUAUUAAUAAUAAAAACAAAUACGGUACAUGCAUAUUCUAAACGAACUAAUAUGCUUUAAAACAUUUAUUGAAGUUUUCAUACAGAGCGAACAAAUUAAUUCUCCAUUCAAGAGUAUCAUUGAAUAUUAAAGUUGUCUUCAUUGGUCGAUACAUGGGAAUUCAAGUGGCACAUUGAUCAUUACAAUUUAUUGCUUUAUAUUAAAAUUUAAUGUGAUGUGUUGAGAAUUCUGCAAAUUUUGUUUGUGAAUAUCCUUAUAAUAUCGACUCUCUCAUAAUCGUGAAGAUCUCACUCUCUGACUCCGUUUCUCAUGAAAUCGAGCAUCUGGAAUAUUUCAUAGUGAAUGUUAAAUGUGUGUAGAAACAUUGAACAUUAUUUUUGUAUAGGAGAAACUGAAGUGAUGUACCUGUGUUUAUCAACAUUUGUGAUUUAGAAACUUCUGAGUAGGUACAAAAUGAUUUGUACUGAUUUAAAAUUCUCAAUUUAGUUGAGUAUGAUGAGUGUGGAGCAUAAAUUUUCAAUAAAGAAAAUAAAUCAGUAUUUUAAUGUGAAAUGUUUCCAUAUUUGUGCGCUGAAAAUGAAACUCAUGUAACAAAUCAACUAUGCUUUACUAGUUUAUGGUUAUUUCAAUCUACUUCUAUGUGUAUUUCCUCACUAAUGUUUUCAUAGAAGUUCUAUUGAUAUAUACAUUAUUAUUGAGUUUUUUGUUAUAGUUCAAUCAAGAAGUUUAAUGAUUGUAACAUACUUUCUUGAGACUUUGGAUACAUGUUUGAUUCUGGCUCAUUUGAAGAUAAUCACAUGUUUUCUACAAGUGUCAAUAAUUGAAUAAAGUCUGCCAAGUUAUAUUACUAUCAAAUCUCUCUAAAGCGUUAUGAAAAUAAAGUUGUUUGAUUAAAUAUAUUGGAUCUAUUCUA